CACUACACUUUAUUCUAUGGUCCCACACAUAGCUAUGGCGUGUAACACUGUGUAAUGUGUGUUGACGGACUUUAAUUAAUAGAAAUUCGUGUAGACUGACCAGAGUCCGCGAAUUUCGAACCUGCAUUUAUUUUUAACCCUUUGCAACAAGUUACUGAGAAUGGCUGAAAGGCACAGUUUUGGUGUGAAUCCAAUCACUUGCCAUGCAUGGAAUCGGGACAGAACUCAAAUCGCAAUGUCACCCAACAACCACGAAGUACACAUAUACCAGCGUGUAAACAAUGACUGGAAGUGUGUGGAUAUUUUGAACCAGCAUGAUCUUCGUGUUACUGGGAUAGAUUGGGCUCCAAAAACAAACCGUAUUGUCACCUGUGCUGCAGAUCGUAAUGCUUAUGUUUGGACUCAGGGAGAUGAUGGGAAGUGGAAACCAACAUUGGUGUUGCUCAGAAUUAACCGUGCUGCAACUUGUGUCAAGUGGUCACCACUAGAGAACAAGAUUGCAGUAGGUUCUGGAGCCCGAUUGAUAUCCGUAUGUUACUUUGAAAGCGAGAAUGACUGGUGGGUGUCUAAGCAUAUCAAGAAACCUAUUCGUUCAACCAUCACCUCUAUUGACUGGCACCCAAACAAUGUGCUGCUGGUAGCUGGUUCUGCAGAUUUCAAGGUAAAGAUAUUUUCAGCAUUCAUAAAGGACAUUGAGGAGAUGCCUCAGCCUUCUCCCUGGGGUAUGAAGAUGGCAUUGGGUGUGAUGCUAGCCGAAUUUCCUAACUCAACCAAUGGAGGUGGCUGGGUGCACAGUGUUGCAUUCUCAGGAGAUGGGAAUCGCGUGUGCUGGGUGGGCCACGACUCGUCGGUGUGCAUCGCCGACGCCUCGCGCCAGUUGGCGGUCACUCGAUUGCGCACAGAGUUCCUCCCAUUCCUCAGCUGUGUCUGGGUGGGAAGCAACUCGUUUGUCGCUGCGGGCCACACUUGCUGUCCCAUGCUGUACUCAGUAAAUGAUGCUGGUCAAUUGUACCUGAACUCCAAACUGGACAUGUCCCAGAAGAAGGAAGCAGGGGGCUUAAGUGCAAUGCGCAAGUUCCAGAGCUUGGAUCGCCAGGCUCGCAUAGAAAUAAGUGAUACAACAUUGGAAACCAUACAUCAGAAUGCUAUAACGUGUGUCAGUUUGUUUGGAGGGGUGAAGGGUGCUGCUUCCAAAGUCAGCACCAGUGGUCUGGAUGGACAACUUGUAAUUUGGGACUUGAAGUCCCUGGAAGAUUCCAUACAAGGGAUGAAGAUCAUAUAAGCUACAAGCAAUAGGCAUGCUACAAACUUAUUUUUUUUUUUAGAUAUGUUGUAACCAUGUCAAAAUUUAAAGAAUUUUUCUGUAUUAAAUAUGUUAAGGAUAAUUAAAGUGAUUAUUAAAAAAUUAUCUGGAAAUGAAGUAUUACCAUGUUGUAUUGAA